CCCAUUUCCUUUCAAUCAUCACACUCUCUCUCACCACACACCAUGGAAAUCAAAGCUUAUUACCUUUUCGUUCUUGCCUUGUUGUCUGUUUACAUACUCUCAACUUUCUUCCAAAGGAAAAGAAAACAAGCAAAUCAAAACCCAGGUUUCAGUUCCUACCCAAUCAUAGGAACCUUGCCCGAAUUCCUCAUUAACCGACAUCGUUUUCUCGAUUGGUCCACCGAAGUUCUUCUUCGCAGCCCAACCCAUACAGCCGUUAUGCACCGUCCUAUAAACAUCCAUGGUGUCAUCACAGCCAAUCCUCUUAACGUUGAGUACAUGCUCAAAACCAAAUUCGACAACUUUCCUAAAGGUACCCAAUUCAUUACCUUUCUCCAAGAUCUCCUUGGCCACGGAAUUUUCAACUCCGACGGCGACCAUUGGAGAACCCAGAGAAAAACGGCCAGCUAUGAAUUCAACACCAGGUCACUUCGACACUUUGUUAUGGAAACAGUCAUGGGAGAGAUAAGAACUCGAUUGAUUCCUCUCCUGGAAGAGGCAACGGAAAAGAAUCGAUCUUUGGAUUUACAGAACAUCUUGGAGAGAUUCGCUUUUGAUAAUAUCUGUACGGUGGCUUUCAAUGUUGAUCCCGGUUGUCUCUCCGGCGACGGCACAAUCAAUAAUAAGUUCAUGGAAGCCUUCGAAGACGCCGGAACUUUAAGCGCCGGGAGAUUCCUCUCUGUUUCAGAAUCUUUAAUCAAGCUUAAGAAAGUUUUAAAUGUUGGUACAGAACGUAGACUGAAAGAAUCCGUCGCCAUUGUUCAUGAAUUUGCUGAUAAGAUAAUCAAAUCAAGAAUGGAGAAUCUCGAUAACAAAGAUGAAGAACGUCACGAUCUAUUGUCACGUUUUAUGGUGAUUCAAGAAUCCCCUGAGUAUCUCCGGGAUAUCAUAAUCAACUUCAUAUUGGCAGGAAGGGAUACGACAUCGUCUGCUUUAAGUUGGUUCUUUUGGCUGAUAGCUUCAAACCAAACAGCCGAGGAUAAAAUACUGAAAGAGAUCAAAACGAUAAGGUUUCGACAUGGGAAAAAUGUGGGUGAAAGUUUGGAUCUUGAUGAGUUAAGAGAGAUGAAUUACCUUCAUGCUUCAAUUUCAGAGGCAAUGAGGCUAUACCCACCAGUUCCGAUCGACACGAAAGAGUGCCUGGAAGAUGACGUCAUGCCGGACGGAACGUUCGUCGGAAAAGGUUGGUUUGCGACUUAUCAUGCGUUUGCGAUGGGAAGGAUGAGAGAGAUAUGGGGAGAAGAUUGCUGUGAUUAUAAACCGGAGAGAUGGAUUGAUGAAAUUAACGGUUCGUAUAAACCGGAGAAUCCUUUUAAGUUCCCGGUUUUUCAUGCCGGUCCGAGAAUGUGCUUGGGGAGGGAAAUGGCGUAUAUUCAAAUGAAGUCGAUUGCUGCUGCGGUGUUGGAAAGGUUCCACGUGGACGUUCAGGAUAAGAACACGUGUCCCGAGAUGCUUUUGUCUAUGACACUUAGAAUGAAGAAUGGUCUUCCAUUUAAGGUGAGGGUGAGGCAUCAUUUGGAAGAGUAAACAUUUUGUGUUAUAUUAAUAAUAUGAAU